AUGGUAACUCAUACCCAGGCAUGGGACAGCACCAGGGAGAGACGCAUUAGUUACCUCGCCCUGCCAAAAGUCAAUCACCAGAUCAUCUGCAACAAGAUCUCAGUAUACUGGACGGAUAAAUUGCCUUUGAAGACUCACAGGUUCACAGUCCCGGAAUCAACCCAGUGGGCUAAUGCUAGGGAGAAGCUCAUUUCUUUUUGCCUAAUGUCACACUCCAAGAGCACCAUGCCUUCAAGAAUCCAACCUGGAAUCCAGUGUUGUCAUGCAGUCUUAACACCACGACAGGCAGAACUGUCUCGAUCCAAAAACAUCUACCAAGGAUUUGAAGAAAACAGGUCCUUCCCCAUAUGGCCAGUGAGUGCUGCCUCCAAACAUGCUGUGGCUUCCCCCAGGGUGAAGGAGCUGGCGCAGCCAAAACUUGUCAACAGUGCCUGGGAAGCUGAUCGUCCUGUCUACACCAGAGUGAGCAAAGGAGCCAUGACUGCUGCUGCCCGGGAACGAACCACCCAUCUGGCUAAACCAAAGAAACGGGACUUCUCAGCCAAGCUGGAUGCCCUAUCCAUGCCUCCACGAAGCAUCACACAAUUCACCAGGACUGAAUACUUAGCCCGGCCGAAAACAGAACAUCCGUCCUAUCUCCAUGACAAACCGGUCCAGUGGGCCGUGUCUGCGAGCACCAGGAAUGCCGUCCUGUCUGUGAGGCUCUCUGAGCUCGCCCGACCCAAGGUCCGCAAACAGAUCUUUGAGGGCUACAACCCGUACCGGAUCUCCAGUGCUGCCCUGCAUACAGAAGCGAGUGCCCGUCUGCAGGAACUUAGUAUCCCUCAAAGAGUAAGAAAAAAGAGGUUGUAAGUUCUUGGGCUC